AUGUUGACUGAUGUCUCUCAUGAUGGCGUCAUUAACGAUAUCAAACGAACCCUAAGAAAAUUGAUUGCCAUCAGUCACCUCCCCUUGUCUGUAAUUUUUAUUGGUGUUGGACCAGCAGAUUUUAGCCUAAUGGAACAGUUCCAUAUAAAUACAGACACACCUCUACAGAAUAAGAAGACAGGGGAAGUGGCAGUACGGACAAACACGUACUUUGUUGCUUUUCAUAAAGAAAAUAUCAACACUGGAGGGAAUGCAGCGCUGGCUAAAGAAGCGAUGGCAGCUCUAUCUACACAGAUUAUCCAAUACAUGAAGAAAAACAACCUGACUCCAAACAAACCCAAACUGAUACGCAACGAAAUAAUGGACUGCUUCACAGACGAUCAGCCCAAACUUUUACCCAAAUCUAUGUCAAAGGCCAGCUUGAUCUCAGUCAAAACAACAGGUCCGGCAUGCCCUACUUGUGGUGCUCAAAUUGAACCAGGAUCACAGAUUUACAGUGACAUUUUAAACACAAGUGUCACAUGACAAGAAACCACCCCAUAAACUAUUUAUAAAAAGUUACUUUUUUGCAACA